GGCGGCCCUUGGUGUCCACCCCGGCCCCGGUGGUACCCCUCAAGUUCUCGCUGCCGCACGUGGCGGUGUGCUUCGGAGCCGGAGGCCAGCUGGUGCUGGUGUGUCCCCACUGCCCUGCUGAGGGACAGCUAGCCCAUGUCGAGCUACACAGCCUGGAGGUAAUCCUUCAUGACACGAAAGAGCUGAAGGAGCUACAGGCCUUCCCGGGGCCCCUGGCCAGGGAAGAUCUGCACAAAGUGGAUGUGAUGACAUUUUGCCAGCAGAAGAUAGCCACGAGCUGUGAUCUCUCAACACAGAAAGGCAGAGAUUCAUCUCUUCUCUGGAAACUCCUGGUCCUCCUCUGCCGGCAGAAUGGGUCCAUGGUGGGCUCAGACACGGCUGAGCUGCUGAUGCAAGACUGCAGGCACCGGGAAAAGUACAAGAGGCAAAACCCUGCGGUAAACCUGAUCGGCCUGACAGAUGAUGAAUGGAUGUCUCGUCAGCCGGGGACACUGGACCUCAUCACAGGGGAGGUCCCUCCUGUUGUGGAGACCCAAGCACAGAUAGUGGAGAAGUUCACCAAGCUCCUCUACUAUGGCAGGAAGAAAGAUGCUCUGGUCUGGGCCAUGAGAAACCAGCUGUGGGGCCAUGCCCUCUUCCUCUCCAGCAAGAUGGACCCUCGGACCUACAGCUGGGUGCUCACCGGGUUCACCAGCACGCUGGCCACCAAUGAUCCCCUGCAGACCCUCUUCCAGCUCAUGUCGGGAAGGAUCCCUCAGGCAGCGCUGUGCUGCGGGGAUGCCACGUGGGGAGACUGGAGGCCCCACCUGGCUGUGAUGUUGUCCAACAAGGUUGGAGACAUGGAGCUGAACCACCGAGCUAUUGUCACCAUGGGAGACACUUUAGCUGGCAGGGGAGCAGUUGAAGCAGCUCAUUUCUGCUACCUGAUGGCAGAUAUUCCUUUCGGUUACUUUGGGGCGAAGGCAGACCGCAUGGCUCUGCUGGGCAGCAACCACCGUCAGGCGUUCGCCCAGUUUGCCAGGACGGAGGUCAUCCAGCGGAUGGAAAUCUUCGAGUACUGUCAGCAGCUACAACAGCCCAAAUCCUUCCUGCUCCCCUUCCAGGUGUAUAAGCUCCUCUACGCCUCUCGCCUGGCCGACUAUGGGCUCCCAGCCCAGGCCCUGCAAUACUGCGAGCAGAUUGCCACUGCGCUCCUGGGUCAGGAUCCGGCCAGCCACCCCGUCCUGGCCCAGCAAGUGAUGAAGCUCGCCGAGCGGCUGAAGCUGUCCGACCCGCUGCUCCUGGAGAUGCCAGAACAGGACCAGAUGCUGGAGCCCGACUGGCUGGUACAGCUCCGAGCCUGCUGCCGGGAGUGGGAGGUGGAAGAUGACCUCCCUCCGCAGGUGGCACCCGCUCAGCCAGGGCUCUCCUGGGCUGCUGCGUCGAUGGCAGCACCUGCUCAGGUCGCAGCAUCGCCACUGCUCGAUAUUCGGCAAGAGCUGCAGCCCCCCGCGCUCGACCCAGGGACGGCCGCCCCUCCGGGGGGGGAUUUUGCUGAGCCCCCUCCGCAGGUGGUACCACUGGCACGAGAAGCUGGGGAGCCCCGGGGCACCCUGCUGUCCCCCGGGGGGGUGCAGCCAUCCCUCCCAGCAGAGCAGGAGGAGUCAAAGGCAAGGGCUCGGACCAUCUCGGGGAGCUCCACCGUCUCAUCGGAAGAUGACAGCCGGCCUUCCUCAGAGAGCGCUGCCGAAGAGCCGGCACCAGCAGAGGCGGCGAAGCCGGGUGAGGAUAAGAGCUCCGGAUUCAGGUGGUUUGGCUGGUUUCGGUCGAAGCCCACCAAGGAAACCUCUCUCAAAGCCGGGUCUGAGACGGCCCCGGACUCCCCCACGCCGGGACCGCAGCCACCCGAUGCUCCUCUCGCGGCUGGGACAAGCCCUCUGGCCCAGCCUCUGUCCAGCAACCCUGGAGGAAUGCAAGGUGAAAAUGCCUUUCCUGUUACCCCAGUGUCCAUUGAGAUGAAAGGCUCGUGGGAUGCAGGUGGUGGGGAGUCAGCAGGAGAGCAGACCGGCUCCCAUGAACCUCCCCCACCGGUGGGGACAGUCCCCCUCUUCAACCCUGUCCAGGUCUCUCAGCUCGCCGCUGCCUCUCGCCCCAACCAACCCAGGCCGCUUUCCCAGCGGC